UGGCACCUACAGCCCCUCACACUCAAAGCAAUGCUCAGGCUGGAAACAGAAGCUUCCGCGAGGCAGCCGAUGUGAGCAUGUGUGCACAGAUUCGUCUCCCAAUGGCAUGGCAGCUCUAGGAAAAUUGUUUUGAACAGACUUGAAUGCAUAAGAUUAAAGUUAAAGCAGAAGUGAGAACAAAAAAGCAAAGAGCAGACUCUUUCAACUGAGAAUGAAUACUUUGAAGCCCAAGAUUUUAAAGUGAUAAUGAUCAGAGUCGUACCUAAAAGAGACUAAAAACUCCAUGUCACGCUCUGGACUUGUGACAUUUACUCACAGCAGGCAUGGCAAUUUUAACCUCACAACUUUCAGACAGAUAAAGACUUGGAGGAAAUAACUGAGACGACUCCCUGACCCAGGAGGCUAAAUCAAUUCAGGGGGACACGAAUUCUCCUGCCAGCAUGGUGAACUCCACCCACCGUGGGAUGCACGCUUCUCUGCACCUCUGGAACCGCAGCAGCCACAGACUGCACAGCAAUGCCAGUGAGUCCCUUGGAAAAGGCUACUCUGAUGGAGGGUGCUACGAGCAACUUUUUGUCUCUCCUGAGGUGUUUGUGACACUGGGUGUCAUCAGCUUGUUGGAGAAUAUCUUAGUGAUUGUGGCAAUAGCCAAGAACAAGAAUCUGCAUUCACCCAUGUACUUUUUCAUCUGCAGCCUGGCUGUGGCUGAUAUGCUGGUGAGCGUUUCAAAUGGAUCAGAAACCAUUGUCAUCACCCUAUUAAACAGUACAGAUACGGACACACAGAGUUUCACAGUGAACAUUGAUAAUGUUAUUGACUCAGUGAUCUGUAGCUCCUUGCUUGCAUCCAUUUGCAGCCUGCUUUCAAUUGCAGUGGACAGGUACUUUACUAUCUUCUAUGCUCUUCAGUACCAUAACAUUAUGACAGUUAAGCGGGUUGGGAUCAUCAUAAGUUGUAUCUGGGCAGCUUGCACGGUUUCAGGCAUUUUGUUCAUCAUUUACUCAGAUAGUAGUGCUGUCAUCAUCUGCCUCAUCACCAUGUUCUUCACCAUGUUGGCUCUCAUGGCUUCUCUCUAUGUCCACAUGUUCCUGAUGGCCAGGCUUCACAUUAAGAGGAUUGCUGUCCUCCCCGGCACUGGUGCCAUCCGCCAAGGCGCCAAUAUGAAGGGAGCGAUUACUUUGACCAUCCUGAUUGGCGUCUUUGUUGUCUGCUGGGCCCCAUUCUUCCUCCACUUAAUAUUCUACAUCUCUUGUCCUCAGAAUCCAUAUUGUGUGUGCUUCAUGUCUCACUUUAACUUAUAUCUCAUACUGAUCAUGUGUAAUUCAGUCAUCGAUCCUCUGAUUUAUGCACUCCGGAGUCAAGAACUGAGGAAAACCUUCAAAGAGAUCAUCUGUUGCUAUCCCCUGGGAGGCCUAUGUGACUUGUCUAGCAGAUAUUAAAUGGGGACAGAGCACACAAUAUAGGAACAUGCAUAAGAGACUUUUUCACUCUUACCCUACCUGAAUAUUGUACUACUGCAACAGCUUUCUCUUCUGUGUAGGGUACUGGUUGAGAAUAUCCAUUGUGUAAAUGUAAGCUUAUGAUUUUUAAUGAGAAAAAAUGCCCAGUCUCUGUAUUAUUUCCAAUGUCAUGCUACUUUUUUGGCCA